AUGGCAAAACUUGAGGAAUAUAGUAUCGAGGAGCGAGUUCGAGUCAUGUUUGGAUCCGCUGCAGAAGUUUCCAAUGACUUUCGGACACAAAUCAGAACAAUAGGAGAUGUUGAGUUGGAUGAGAAACAUCGAAUUUGCAAAUUUACAUCGUAUGAUGGAAAGUUGAAAUUGCAAGGAGAUCAGAAUAUUUCUGCAAGAUCUAAAAAGCAGUGGCCAAUUAGAGUCACUCUUGCCGAACUUACUGGAUUUAUGAAUUAUCUCGUUGAAAAGACAAAGGAUACCAUUGAGCCUGUGGUUGCAGCAAAAUUAUUCAGAGAAUUUAGUGAGCUUGAAGGAGAAGGACGAACGGACGGAGUCUAUUAUAAACGAUUUUACAAUCAACUAGCACCGAAUAUGGCAAAACUUGUGGAUUACAGUAUUGAGGAGCGUCUUCGCGUCAUGUUUGGAUUCGCUGCGGAAGUUUUCGAUGAUUUUCUGGCACAAAUCAGAACACUGGGAGAUGUUGAGCUCGAUGAAGGAAAACGAAUUUCCAAGUUUACCUCAACUGAUGGAAAGCUGAAUUUGGAAGGAGAUCACAGUCAUGCGGCGAGAAUGAAGAGAAGAUGUGCAGAAUAUCGAAACGCUUAUCGCGGUCGUCAUAUCUACGACGGCAAUCAAAUAUUGACAUUAGCUCUCGUUUGGCAGCUAAUGCGUGCCUAUACCCUCUCAGUUCUUGCUCAAUAUACUCAAUCUGGUGAUUCUCUGCCAACUGAUAAGGAUAUUGUUGCAUGGGUUAACGAAAAGCUCAAAAAUUCUGGAAAAUCCACAUCAAUUCGAUCGUUCCAAGACCCGGCAAUUUCCGAUGGAAAAGUUGUAUUGGAUCUGAUUGAUUCAAUUAAACCAAACGUUAUUGAUCAUAGUUUGGUGAAAAGUGGCAAAAGUAAUGAGGAUAAAAUGUCAAAUGCAAAAUAUGCAAUCACUUGUGGACGAAAGAUUGGAGCAAAGAUUUACGCGUUGCCAGAGGAUAUUGUUGAGGUGAAGCCAAAAAUGGUGUUGACAGUGUUUGCAUGUCUAAUGGCUCGUGACUAUCUUCCCGAUAUGAAGCAAGGAGCAGCUUCUGCUCCAAUUGUUCCGAUGAUUAAUGGAAAUUAG